AUGGGUAAACUUCGAUUCUACAAGUUCGAACAUCUUGCCACUGACGUAGAUCCUUAUGAUUGGGGACAACGUCACAAAGCUGAAAGUGACAGAAAGACCGUAUCGUUCUUGAACAAACACAUCAACGCAUCUGAUGAUCCCAUCCAAUCCACCAACUCAACUGGUGGGGAAACGAAAACAGGACCUUUCAGAGAUUUCUAUGUCAUUCCAGGAUCGGAAUGUGCCACAUACGAUGAAUCGUACCAUCAGAAACACGAUCAUUUGAAACUCUUCGCUCAAAAAGUAGAUAGACAUGACUUUGCAAUAUACAAAGUCCCAUAUUUGACUCUGAGCCCGACAAACGAUGACAUUGAUAAUGGUAUGGGCAGAGCGACAGUGUGGCAAUCUAAUGUGGUGUCCAUUUUGCCUACAUCUAUCAACAACGUUUUGGAUUAUUGUCAGAAGAUCUUUAACGCUGAUCAGGAGAACAAUGAUGAGUAUGAGGCUGGAGGACGACGUGAUCUGAUAAAGAAAAAUGAGAAUUAUAAGAAGAUUGUCAACUUGAGCCUGCUCGACUCGAGAUUCGAUAAAACCGUUGGUGUCAAUAUUGAACAUACCACCAAAUUCUUCAGACCGACUGAUAGUAGUGGGGAUGAGAAGUUCUUCAAUUUGAGAAAACCGACAGAAUACACUUCUUUUCUCUCUGAUGCUAUCGGGAAAGGAGAACAAGAUCGAUUGUUCGACACUACAGAUGACAGGUGGCGGGAUGCAAGUCUUCCGACUCACAGAUCGAGAAUUACUAUCAGAGGUUCGAGGUUACUUCAGCCUGACCUGGAUGUGGAGUACAGCAAGUACUACCCUUGCAUCUCCAAUGAAGCACCAGGAGAGACCUCGGUCAAUGAAAGCAGCUCACCAAGCAGAUCUUCUAGUUGGCUUAGCAAGUUAUUCAGUUCGGGCAGCAAGUAA